UGCCAGAGUGUGUGCAGGAUACGGGGGUGAAAGGGUUUGGUUGGCUGGGAGUUCCAGAUGGACUGUCAUGACUCAGAUGAGCUUCAGGUUUAGCUGGUUGUGUUAUAGAAGUGAAAUUGGUGUGCGAGAUGUUGGUAAUGUGAAUUAAUGCAAGUUAAUGGGUUGAUGGACUUUUGAAAACAAUUCAGACACGGCAAGGAGGACACAUGCUGGACAUAGAUCUGUACAUAUAGGGGAGAACAGAAUGUCGACGGCGCCAUCGGAAAACAACCCUGAAGAUGUCAACAAUCGCAGCUUCUGGAUGCCUGGGAACUAUCAACGCACUGUGAGGCGAACAGAAGAUGCUUUCCAGGCCUGUAAUGACAUAGUGGCAUGUUUCCAAGAAAGAGCUCGCGUGGAGCGGCAGUACGCCCAACAACUCAGUGAAUGGAGCAACAAGUGGAAGCCAGUAGUGGAUUCCAGUCCUCUGUAUGGAUCUCUCAUGAAGGCUUGGCAGUGUUUCUUGUCCUCCGCUGACCGGCUGGCCUCCUUACACGCCUCCAUCUGUCGCUCCCUGGUAUCGGAGGAUGGAGACCGGGUCAGGACCUGGCAGAAGGACACCUUUCACAAGAAGUUAUUCGGAGGCUUCAAGGAGUCCCAGGACAUUGACACAGGGUUUGCACGUGCUCAGAAGCCGUGGGCCAAACGACUUAAAAAGCUGGAUAAAGCCAGAAGAGCGUACCACAAAGUGAGCCGUAAGGAGCAGGCAGCCAGGGAGAGAGAGGCACAUGCCCAGGGAAAUCCAGAUGUUGCCAUCGACAAACAGAAGAAGAUCCAAGAGGAGAGAGAGGUGGCACAACAGGAGGCUGAAAAGGUGCGUGCCCGCUAUGAGAAAGUACUGGAGGAGGUGAACCGCUAUGCCCCCCGCUACAUGGAGGAGAUGGAGUCAAUCUUUGACCAGUCACAGGAUGAGGAGCGCAAGAGGAUUGUAUUUCUCAAACAGGCCUUCCUCUCCAUCCACAAACACCUGGACAUUACCAACAAUGAGAGUGUGAGAGCCGUGUACAAUGAGCUCCACAACACACUGAUGGCCAUUGAUGAGCAAGAGGACCUUCGCUGGUGGAAGAACACCCACGGGCCUGGCAUGCCAACUGACUGGCCACAUUUUCAGGAAUGGACUCCUGAAAAGAAAACCAAAAAAGGAAAGAAAGAGAUGGAAAAGACAGGAACAAUAGAGAAGAGUGUUAUGAUCGGAGGGGUGCGAGUAAGAGCUCUGUAUGAUUACGUUGGCCAGGAGACCGAUGAGCUGUCCUUUAAAACAGGCGAGGAGUUUUUGAAGAUCGAGGAUGAGGAUGAUCAGGGUUGGUGUAGGGGGAUGAAGGAUGGUGGAUGGGAGGGGCUUUACCCAGCCAACUAUGUGGAAGUAGUGUAGUUACAGAAUACAGCAUAUGAAAGAUCGCUUUACAUCAGUUUCACAGCCUGAAUACAUGCCUACACAUCAGAAACACAGCACCAAUGAUGUAAAAGUCAGCACCAAGUAGCAGUUAGCCAAAGAGUACGAUUACACAGAGGUUUUUAAAAGCUACUCGGGUUUGUAAUCUCUUGAAGGAUUUUAACAAAAUGUUUUAAUAUAUAUACAGUAUGCAUAGACCACUUGUACCGAAGCCAUAUGAUAAACAAUGCUUUAAUGUAAAGUACAAUGCUGGACUGAAAAGGUACACCAUAUAAUUAACCACUUGGUGCUGAAACUGCAGUAGAGAGCUGCUAUUUUUUAUUUUUAGCAUCACAACGCAUUGCUAUUAAAAUCCUCAGAAAGCCUCACAACAUAUGAAGAAAGUGACGCUCAUACUGUGAUUAUAAUUAAUCUGAAGCACCUGGGGUUACUUUAGUAGAUGUAGAUAUCGUCUGUAUUCCUCUUCUCUUCUCAUCUUCUUCUCUUCUUCUUUUUUUUUGUGGUUUAAAGGAAAAUUAUGAAAUUAUAAGGAAUUUGAAUGUUUACUGUCUCACUGUCGGUUAGACAAAAAGAUUGAUAUCAGUUUUGUCUCGUUGUAUUACUGGGAAAUUACUAACCUGGAAACAUCAGCACACAUCCUGGCAACUGAAAAGCUGUUUAAAUUUGUACCUUGUCUACUCAAAACCAACAUACACGUCCAAGUACAUUCUUACAUACAGUAUAUUUUGUACUAGUAUGCCCUAAGCCUUGGAGUUUUUAGAUGAAGUUCUGAGAUGAUUGAGGCUCAAGAGCAUAGUUGGUGGUUAAAUUAAUGUCUCAUACGUAAUCAAUGUUGUGAAUGGUAGUUCCACCGCCCUCUAGUGAAAAUGGAAGAAUUAGAAGAAAACUGUGGUUACAAGUUCUUGAACGUCUUCAAUUUUUCAUUUUGAUGGAACAAGGCUAAGCUGGCUUUUCACUGCUUCCAGCCUUUUAAGCCAGGAUCAUUUAUCAACUCUGGGUGAGGAUGAUCUUAAUUUUAGGACUAAAAUCAUCUGAGCAUCAAGAUUGCUUUUAGAAUGAUGUCUAAGCAUGUCCAAGAUGUAGUGCUGGAGAUGAAACUGAUAUUAUCAUCUGCUCAUUUCGUCACACUGUUCCUUCAAGUACUGGGGAACAAAUAGUUUUGUGUCUGCCUGAAAUGUCCAAAUGUGUCUUGCUAGGUAGGUAUCAUGUAAAGCAUCUUUACCAAAGUAAGGAAUAGCUUUCAGGAAUUGCUUCGCCUUACCAAUGGCCUCCUUCAGUAUCUCUGUCUUUAUUUGUCUUGUAAAAAUGAUGGAAUUCACCUGUCUUUUGCAAAUAAAAUGCAAAACUUUUACACAAACAAAA